GGUUAACUAUCUUAGUACUCGUACUUGCAUAUCACUAAGCACAAGUGAUGCCAUGUAAUUUUAUCUACCCACAGCCUGGAAUAAGUUGGUGAAUUUUGAAUUUUCGAUAAUUCAUUUGAACAAAACACAUGCAACAAUUCAAUUCUUGUAUGGAAAUAUAUAAAAGCUGAAAAGCCACUAUACUAAAUGGGUUUGGGAUAAUAUGGCUAAUAAACCACAAUUGUUUAAGAUAGAGGUGAUGGCACUUAGUAUCUAAAUUUGUUUUGUAGUGGAGUCAAUCUAUGAGAGAUACCAAUAACAACAAAAGAUAGUCAAUAUUUGAAAGAUAAAAAGACAUGGUAAUACACUUGGGAUUAUGUAAGAGUCAUUCUCCUAAAAUGAGUUUAGACGGUAGAAAAAAUCGAGUCCAAACUGUCAUUUAAUUCAUCUUAAACCUUUCAUAAUCAUUUACACCUAUUUUCAGUUUAUCCAGAUUGUUUGGUCUGCAUUUCAACACACAUCAUUGAAACUUGGAGAUGAGACGAAAUUUCAUGAUUUGUUCUUCCAACUUUUCAAAUCAUCAUUAACUAAUUACAAUUAUAAUUAUAAUUAAUUUGUGGUUUGUUAAUUGGGGAUCAGUGAAUGAGAAGCAACACGAGGGGCAGCACAUGUGUACCCGAGAUGAGAGGAGGGGAGCCCUCCAAAAUUAACUACAAUUCUUCUUUGGUACCCCAUUUCCCAUUUUUAUAUAAUUUCCCUUCCCAAAAUCCCCAUGUAUUGCCACUUGUUUUGUUCACUUGUUAAUUAAUUAAUUAAAACCUUGAUGUUGAUCUUUGAAGCCACAAAUCGGAAUAUAAGCACAUCACAUGGAAUGUAUUAGAAGCUCUUAUUAAUCAUCAUUCUUUAUUUAGAGUAUUUCAUGUGCUAGCGAUUGGUGUAUUAUUUGCAAAUUGAUAAGGUCAAAUGGUAUUGAAUUAUGAGAACGCAGAAUCCAAUGUUUUGUUCGAGUGAUGGAAAUGCCAGUAAAUGGUGCUCAACUCUCAAUUUUUACAGCAGUUGAUAGAUCCGCGAUCGUUAAUUCAAAAUCAUGAUUAUUCAUUGUUGUCACGAGUUGUCCCCUCCGGACUCGAUUCUUCUUUCUUUCGCAAGCAGCUGAAGGAGGGAACCUCGAGAUCGAUUUGGUGGCUGCGGAAAUCUUGGUUGUUACAUGAUGUUGACUUCACACUUGUACCAUUAGAGUUGCAUGCAUGUUUCGUUACACUUUUACGUUAUCUAGAUAAAAAUUCAUCACGUUGAGUGGAUUCCAUCAAUCGAAUCCUUAACCUUAUACUUAUAUGCAUGAUCGUUAUAUUCACGUUUUUAGAUAAAAUCUCAUCAUUGAGUGGAUUCAAUCAACCUAGCACCAAAGCAAAAAGGUUGACACCUCGAGAAAUGAUUUGGUGUAAGACCCAAACAUGCAGAACCUACAAAAAUCAUGUGUCAUACAAUCCUAUUAAGUUUCAUAUUAGGGUGGUAUUAUUCUUAUUAGGGAUAUCAAGCUUACACCAUUUAAAAGCAAAUGGAGGCUAAAUCGGCAGUUAGUCAAACUUUGAUGAUCAAAAUCACAAUUAUUAUACGCCAGAGCCAGAAGAGGCGAAAACGACGUCGUAUUUGAAGAAAAAAGAAGGAGAACUGAACCAUCACUCCUGCAAAAACAACUCGAAAUAAAUCCAUCUAACCGCCAAGCCGCAGAAACUCAAAAAUCGCGUUAUCCCACUUUCCCUCUUUCCGCUCCACUCCAUCACCACCAUGGACGACGGUUCUUCGCAGUUUGCCGACUCCCAGCCUUCCAACGAAUCCUACUUGGUCGGAUACGUCAUCGCCAACAUAGUGGGUCUCCGUUACUACGACGGCAGAAUCACCGGCCGGGAAUUGGUGGGGUUGGUCCGGGAACCCACGAACCCUUACGACCAGAACGCCAUCAGAGUCCUGAACAUCAGGUCAAUUCAAGUGGGUCACAUCGAGAAGACGGUGGCAGCAGUUCUCGCGCCCUUGAUUGAUGCCGGGACCAUUGUUGUCGAAGGUAUCGUCGCCAGUCAGCAGAGUAAGUUCAACAAGUUCAAGAUUCCCUGUCAAGUUCACAUUUUCGCUAGUCUUGAGAAUUUCGGGUUGGUUAGGGCUUCGAUUGACAGUGGUGGGUUGAGUUUGUUGGGUGAUGGGUAUGAUAGUCGUAGCUCUGGUGCGGUGAUUGUGAAGGAUGAGAAAUCUAGGGUUAGGGAGCUGGACGAGAUAUUCAAGCUGGUGGAUGAGAAUGUGGGUGAGAAAGAGAAGAAGAUGGGCGUUCUUGAGCCCCCGAAAGAGGUGAUAAAGUCGGACCUUUUGGAUCAUCAGAAGGAGGGGCUUUGGUGGCUGGUCUGUAGGGAGAAAUCUGAUGAACUCCCUCCAUUUUGGGAGGAAGAGAAAGGUGGGGAAUUUAUGAAUACUUUGACCAAUUUUCAUACGAAAACGAGACCAGAGCCUCUACGUGGAGGGAUUUUUGCGGACGACAUGGGAUUGGGGAAGACUCUGACUCUGCUGUCUCUGGUGGCUUUGGAUAAAUCUGCUUCUAAUGCAUCUACUGAUGUAUCAUCUGUCUCCAGUGGUGCUAAGAGAAAGAGGGGUAGGCCGCCUAAGAAGAUUAGUACUACAAAGGGUGUUGAUAAUAAGUCUUCUUCUGGUGUUACAAAGACGACUUUGAUCGUUUGUCCUCUUGCCGUGCUUUCGAAUUGGGUGACACAACUCGAGGAUCACACUCAUCAGGGAUCAUUCCAAGUAUACAUUUAUCAUGGAGAAAGAACAAAAGACACUGAAGAACUGAAGAAGCAUGACAUUGUCUUGACUACCUACAAUACAUUAGCUAGUGAGGAAUCUCAAAGAGAUUCCCCUGUGAAGAAGAUUGAGUGGUGGAGAGUUAUCUUGGACGAAGCACAUGUGAUUAAGAAUGACAAAGCUCAGCAAAGCAAAGCCGUGUUUAAUUUGAUGGCUUUGCAUAGAUGGGCUGUUACUGGAACACCUGUCCAGAAUGGUCCUUCUGAUAUGUUUUCGUUGAUGGCUUUCCUGCGGUUUGAUCCGUUCUCCACUAAAAGCUACUGGAGAAGGCUAAUACAACGUCCUGUAGAUGCUGGGGAUAGGAAUGGGCUGUCACGACUGCAGGUGUUAGUGGCAACUACUUCAUUGCGAAGAACCAAAGAGAAGACUUUAGUUGGAUUGCCCCCUAAAGUUGUGGAGACUUGCUAUAUCGAACUCUCUGGGGAAGACCGCGAACUGUACGAUGAUGUGGAGCAAAAGGCUAAACUUGUUGUACAAGGCUUUAUUGAUGCAGGCAGCUUAACACACAACUAUUCAGCUGUGCUUUGUUUAAUCCUUCGCCUACGCCAGAUCUGCAAUGACUCAGCUUUGUGCCCCCCUGAUCUCCAGUCACUCCUUCCUUCUUACACCAUGGAAGAUGUCUCCACCAACCCAGAGUUGCUGAAGAAGAUCGCUGUGCUGCUGCAAGACGGUGAAGACUUUGAGUGCCCGAUCUGCAUCACCCCGCCAACUGAUACGGUGAUCACAUGUUGUGCUCACAUCUUCUGCCGCCUCUGCAUCACCAAAGUCAUGAAGUCAGGCACAAGCAAAUCCCGGUGCCCACUCUGCCGCCGCGAGCUCUCUCAGUCCGACCUGUUCUCCGCCCCUCCUGAAGCGCUCGGUACCACCGAACAAGAAGAAUCCACGUCAUCAACACCUCGGCGAUCCACCUCAUCCAAGGUCUCAACCCUCCUAGCCCUCCUCACAGCUUCCAGAAACGAAGAUCCGACGACAAAGUCAGUAGUCUUCUCACAGUUCCAGAAGAUGCUCCUGCUCCUCGAGGCCCCACUGAAGGAAGCUGGGUUCAAGACCCUGCGUCUGGAUGGAUCAAUGACGGCCAGGAAGAGGGCUCAGGUGAUGAAGGAGUUUGCAGAUACUAAUGGCGGUGAUGAAACAAAGACGACGACAGUCCUGCUGGCAAGUCUCAAGGCGUCAGGAGCUGGGAUCAACCUGACAGCUGCAUCGAGGGUGUACUUGUUGGAGCCGUGGUGGAACCCUGCGGUGGAGGAACAGGCAAUGGACCGAGUUCAUCGGAUCGGUCAGAAGAAGGAGGUUAAGGUAAUGAGGCUGAUUGCUCGGAAUAGCAUUGAAGAGAGGGUGUUGGAGAUGCAGGAGAGGAAGCAGAAGGUGGCUAAAGAGGCGUUUGGUAGAGGGAAGUCGAAGAAGGAAGUUAGUACCGAUGAUAUUCAGCGGCUUAUGUCGUUGUGAUCUAUUGUGACUUGUGCAGACAGAAUGCAGGGUUAAUUGGUAGACUAGUAGUAGUAGCAGAAGCAGGAUUGCUGGAUUUUAUGUACAUAGAUGUCUUUCUUCUGGUUGGCCUUCUGUUUAGUGUUUAGGAAGAAUUAGCUUAUGCGUGCUUUUGUGAGGCUACUUGGAUUGAAGUUGGGAGUUCUUCUUCUUCUUCUUCUUCUUCUUCUUCUUCUCCUCCUCCUCAAAGAGUGAUGUUACAAGCACAAUUCCUGCUAAUUCUUCUUCUUCUCCUCCUCAAAGAGUGAUGUUACAAGCACAAUUCCUGCUAAUGAAACACCGCAUUUGACAUCACAUGAAUCCUUAUAAUUCAUGCUUGCCAUGGCCAAGCAAGAAUUUGUUCAAGACAAAAUAUUCUUAAAUUUUGUUCAACUUAAAAUAAAUUUAGGGGUUGUUUGGAAGUUGCGAUUGUUUUGUUGAGAUUGUCAUUAUGCAUGUAUUGUUUACAAUGCAUCGUUUUUUUUGUUUUUCUAGCAGAAACAAUACAUGGAUUGUUUCUGUGAUGUGACAGAAACUAUCACUCAUUUUGAGUGAUUGUUAUAUCUCAACUUUUAGUUGUGAUUGUUGAGUUGAGAUUGUUUUGUCUCAGCUUUUAGCUGAUGCGACAUACACAAUCACACAUACCAAACGUUGUAUUCUACAAUGCAUCAAAUUCGACAAUAUAUGUAUAAUAUUAUGCAUGCAUUCUCAACAAUACAUCUAUUUCGCAACUUUCAAACGACCCCUUAAUUUAAAUAUCUAACAUUAAAGAUGGUUUUAUAAGAGAUCAAGAAAGUAAAUGCUGUAUCAUUCUCUUACACUAGUUAUGCUAUGGUGCAUAUCGGCUAUGGCUUUUGCUUGCUAAAAAAUAAUAUAAUUUCGUAAAAGUAUAAUCUCAUAGAUAGAUUUAAAUUGUUAUUUUUAGUCUAACAAGACAAAUAUUGAUAUAUUACAGACUUGUUUUAAUAAAUUAUUAUUAAAAAAAGUUGAGAUAUCCACACAACAACGCAGAAAUAUUCACAACACAUACCCUUAAAUACGUGUUGUGUAUACAGUAUACUAUGAACAUAUUCUAAGUACUCUUACUUUGAAUGCAUGUCGUGAAUACCUGUCCAUAACACAUAUUACAAAUACACAUACAAUACGAAUAAACAUCGAUAUUACUCGUAAAUAAAAAUAUAUAUAAAUCGUGUCCAACCUACGUCGUUGAUAUUGAUUUCAUGACUUGGGAAAAUAAAUUUAGAACGAUAAU